UAAGAUGAAAAUUAAUUAAAUAAUAACUCUUACCUAAAUAUGAGCUACGCAUAUUUGGAUGUGAUCUCCCAAAUUAUAGGGUGGGUCUACUUUUUCGCAUGGUCAUUCUCAUUCUACCCCCAGGUAUUACUAAAUUACAGAAAGAAAUCAGUUGCAGGAUUCUCACUGGAGUUUGCACUGCUAAAUGUGUCCGGGUUCUUCUUCUACAGUCUAUACUCGAUGGGAGGGUUUAUCUAUCCACACCUCGGAACAGGAGAAAUCAAGCCAAAUGAUCUUUUCUUUGCCUUCCAUGCAUUCUCACUGGCAUCUAUUCAGCUUUCUCAGGCCUAUAUUUAUGAAAGAGGACAGCAGAAAACAUUUGCUUUGUGGGCAGUCGUCCUUCUGAUAGUAGAAUGGAUUACCUUGAUAGUGGUGUUCUUACUCGAAGGUGUUAUUAAUAUUGGAGUUAUGCCACAGGCAUUCAAUACCUUCAGAGUGGCUGGAUAUAACAAAGCAAUCAUUACCUUCUUGAAAUAUGUUCCUCAAGUAUGGCUCAACUGAAAGAGGAAGAGUACCCAAGGAUGGAGUAUUCUGAACAUUUUCCUAGAUUUCACAGGUGGAAGUCUUUCUAUCCUACAACAGGUUCUUGAUAUGGUCUACAACGGUCUUACUGAAGGAAACUGGAGUUUCUUCGGAUCAGGAGACGGAUUUAAUAUAGUCAAAUUCAUGUUAGGGGUUAUGUCAAUUUUCUUCGACAUAAUUUUCAUGAUACAGCACUUUAUUCUGUUCCGAGGUAAUCAUAAUCAAGAACAAGGAGACACCAGUGAUCCUUUGAUCACUAGAGCAAAUAAGUUCACACCUCUCGCUGAAGAUGAGGAGGACUACGAAGACCGGGUGCUUAGAGACUCUCCUAAAGAUGGCAAAAAGGGUAUUAAUAAUACUUCAGGAUCUUACAAAGGCUAACUUAUUUAGAUAACAAUGAUCAAC